AACCCCCUAUCAAAGACGCAAAAGGCGGAAGUUAGCUGCUUCAGUGACGACGGCGAUGCGGAAUCGGGUUCAAAUAUUACAAGACAAAAUGUUGAAAGAGUUGGUGAAGAAACGACUCAUGGCGGCAGCCGAGGAAAUAUUGGCGCUGUUUGAAAGAACGGUAGCGUCCUACGAGGUGGAACUUUCUCGAACGAGAGAGGAGAAGGAGCGACUACGACAGCAACUGGAAGCUGUUAGCAAGACUCAAACUGUGCUACACACUGAAGACAUCCAGCAGCCCCCCCACUUGAAAGAGGAAGAGGAGGAACUCUGGCGCACCCAGGAGGGAGGGUGUCUUCUCGGGUCGGAGGAGGCGGAUCUCACCAAGUUGCCAGUGAUUGUCGUCUCUGUGAAGACCGAAGACGAGGACGAGCCACCGCAAGCGGCCAACCUCUUGGCGCCGCUGUCCGAUCGCGACGACAUGGCAUCACACUCUUUUGGGGAUGAAGACGAGGAUGACACCCGAGAUCCUUUGAGCAGCGAUACAGACUUUGAACGUGACGCGAGGACUCCCGCUGCCAAGGAACACUCUGAAUGCUCGAAAGACGAGACGGGGAAAGAACGCUUUACCUGCUCAGUUUGUGCGAAAAGUUUUUCUUAUAAGAGCGCUUUGACACGACACAUGCAAACCCACACGGGGGACAAACCCUUUGGAUGCUCAGUUUGCGAUAAACUAUUCUCUCGAAAGCAACACAUGGUACGACACAUGAGAACACACACAGGGGAAAAACCUUUUAGUUGUCCCACAUGUGGUAAAAAAUUCUGUAGAAAAUCUAUUAUACUAACACACCUCAAAACCCACUUGGCAGAAAAACCUUUUAGCUGCUCACUGUGUGGUAAAAGGUUUACUCAAAAGGCACACAUGGUGUCGCACGAAAGAACUCACACCGGAGAAAAACCCUUCAGGUGCUCACUGUGCGACAAAAGCUUCUCGCUGAAGAGCCAUUUGAACGAACACAUGUUGACUCACACGGGAGAAAAACCUUUCAGCUGCUCAGUCUGCGGAAAAGGUUUCUGUCAAAAAGUAAACAUGGUAUCGCAUAUGAGAACCCACACGGGGGAAAAACCUUUUGUUUGCUCGAUUUGUGGCCAAAGUUAUUCGUACAGGCGCGCUUUGAACGCUCACAUGCAGACGCACACGUGAGAACAAAUCUUGUGAGACUCAAAGGCAGCAACAGCAGCCCUUGCAGCCUUUCUGCUGGUGGGCUGGGAGGACGAGGGACGGGGAACACGAGCGGGGUUGGGCAUCCAGGGUACCCCCACAUUCCCAUUCUCACAGGAUCGUUCAAAUUAUUUGUUUUCGAUGUCUCCUUUUUAUGCUCACUUCACCGACAGGAAGAAACAGGCGUGGGACGGAGCAGCCACCAUCAGGGAAAUCCAACACUAACGACGUCGGUCUCAUGCCAACCUCUGUUCAACGUGCCUUCAAAAUAAGAGUGUGGGCUAGAUCCUCUUAAAUUGUGAUUUAAAUAAUGAAAUAGCCCCAUGAGAAAUUCCUAAUAAAGUUGAUUUUAUAAAAAGUAGAUAAUUAAUGCAAAACUUCAGACAUCACAUCCAAUAAGAAUUGCAUCUUAAAAGUGUCAGAAUUGAGAAUCGUUCGGAACCAGAUUGGUUGAAAUUAAAAGGAUGCCCAACCCUUGACUGAACUUUAUUCCAAGUUGAUGAGGAUGAAGGCAGGCCAAGAAGAAAUAUUACUGGACAAACAUAUGCUCUGAAAAUGUAAAAGCAUAUGUAAAGAGUGGAAAAUGCAGUA